AGCGAACAAGCCGAGUCGGUGCUCGCGAUCAAAGCUGAACGCAGUGUAUUUGAGCGCUGAAGAUCGAUUCACUUCCCUUUAAAGGUCGACUAUAGGUAUAGGACAAAAUUUACGAAGAACCGACGAUCUGUCACCCUACCUACGUUUCUCUUUUACACGACAGAGGUGGUUGUGUGGUGUGAGGGGAGUGUGUGUGUGUGUGUGUGUGAGUGCAUGUGUGAGUAAUGGCGGAACAGCAGAGACAGCGUUCACUCUCCACAUCAGGAGAAUCACUGUACCAAGUCCUGGGAGUUGUUAAGAAUACAGCACCAGAAGACAUCAAAAAAUCCUACAGAAAACUAGCUCUGAAGUUCCACCCAGACAAGAAUCCCGACAACCCAGAAGCAGCUGAGAAGUUUAAAGAAAUCAACAACGCUCAUGCCAUUCUGUCAGACCCCACCAAACGCAACAUCUAUGACAAAUACGGUUCUCUCGGCCUCUAUGUGGCAGAACAGUUUGGAGAGGAGAAUGUUAACACGUACUUUGUAUUGUCCAGUUGGUGGGCCAAGGCUUUGUUUAUAUUCUGUGGUGUGGCGACAGGUUGUUACUUCUGCUGUUGUCUGUGCUGCUGUUGUAACUGCUGCUGUGGGAAGUGUAAACCUCAUCCUCCUCGAUCAGAUGAACCGGAAUUCUAUGUGUCUCCUGAAGACUUGGAAGCUCAGAUGCAGUCUGACGAGAGAGAUGGCAGCAGCCCAAUCGUAAUGCAGCCCUCGUCUGCCACAGAGACCACUCAGCUGACCGCAGACUCUCACCAUACCAGCUACCGGACGGACACCAGCUAUUAAAACCCCUCUGCAUAACAUCCCUCUUUCUAUAUAUCUCUCAUUCUUUCUCUCUCCUACACACAUGGGACCACAAUGCUAGAAGAGGGCACUGAGGCGAAAGAGUGUUGAAAUAUACAGAGAGAAUGGUUCUAUCAAUCGAGCAGAUCUUCUGCUGUAUAAUUGGUAAACCUAAGAAAUGCUCCACUGUACAGGGAAAGAAGCAAGUUCAUUUUUAUUUGCGUUUUACCUUUAUAUUCCCCUAACCUACUGCUGUAUUCAACACACACACCCACAAAGACCUUCUUACACUGUCAAUACAGUCUUCCUGUAAAUGUUGUGCAUCUUUAGCAUCUCAUUUGUCUACAUGAUCAAUGAAGGUGAUUUUGAUUUUUUUUUUUUUUAUUCAUCAAUUUUAAUCAUUUAUUAAAUAGUUUUCACUACCUAUGUACAUAAAUUGCAUCCGCCAGUUCAAACACUCAUAUUUCCAAACAUUUUAAAGUGAUAUAAAUAAUUGCUUUUUCUUCAAAUAGAUAAAUGUGAAAGCAUGAAAUGUGAAACUAUUUUUCAUAUGCUUUUAAAGCAUUCUGUUUUCAAAACAGAGGAAGAUAAUCUAAAGAUGGCAUUACACUAAAAAAACAACUCUGCUGACUGUUGCUUUAGUAAACCCAAAGUUGUUUGCCUUUCCAUGCAUUUGAUUGGAUCUCUCAAGCACAAACAUCACAAUCUCAUCAUAGACAUCAUAGUUGUCCUAACUUGUUUUCAUGUUGCAGUUUCAACAGUCCUCUUUAAGUCUAGACAGUGUUUAUGUCUUUGUAGUGAUGUUCUGCACAUUUUGUGGACUCGUUACAAAUAUACCUGCACUUGUUGAGUUUGAUUCCAUGAUGAGACAGCUUGCAGCCCAUUUUUGUUAGACACUUGAUAAAUUAUGUCAUCAUAGCCCUAAAAAGUUCACAUUAGGCUUACUGUUAUUACAUCAAUAGACACUGAUUUCAAAUAUUUUCAUACAUUUAUAUUUUUAUAUAGAGUAAGGCAGUUUAGUAUAGUCUGAAGAGACAAUGUUCUCUUGUUUGCCGUGUGAUGUGUAUGUUGUGAGACAUCUCAUGUGUGUGAAUGGAAUCCAAUGCAUGUACAGUUCAGCAUGAUCAUGCAAUGUUUAGCUGUGCUCCAUUUCAGCCACAUUGCGUGGUGGUGGUGGUGGUGGUGGUGUUGUGUGUGUGUUCAGGGAAUGUGUGUGUGUGUGUGUUCAGGGAAUGUGUGUUGUAAUUACUGGAACAGAGGGUUUGGCUAAAAUGGAUUGUCUGAUUCAUACACUGAGUGUGGCAGAUUAUUUAUCAAACUCUUGAACUGGCUUUUAUAUUGUCCCUAUACUCUUAAGGCUUUGCCAAGUUAAAAAGAAGUAUGUGUCUGUUAGUGUUUGUUUCUGAAGCCCAUCAUCAGACAGUGUGAUUCAGUAUAAGCAUGUAAAGAUUGUAGGUAAAGGGAUUCAUCUGUUCACGUCUCAUGUGUACUCAUGUUAACAUUUUUCUUCCCCAUGUAAGCCUAAGACAGGAGUUUGUGUCCAGCAUAGACAGACAUUGAUUAGUUGAUAACAAAUAUGAGGUUUUCAAUAGUUGGUUCUUAACUUGUUGCAUCUGAAUUUGUGGCUGUAGACAAUUCAAUAACAUUUUGGUUCAGUAACUUGUCAUUAAUUUAUUGAUCCUAGAGAUUCAAAGUGAUGCAAGUUUUUUUUAUUAAGUGGUUUUUUUUUUUUUUAAUUAGGGCUUUCGAUUUAACACGUUAAUUCAGUUAGAUUUAUUAUUUAAAAAAAUAAUAAUGUUUUGAAAUUUAAUUAAUGCAAUUUAUCAUGUCCCUGGACCAACAACAUGGAAUUCAAGCUUGAAGUGCCACCUGUUUUAAGCAGGGGGCAGUAAGCGAAACGCCAGCAGUAUUAGCAACAUGCAACUGUACCGUAUUUUAGCAUUUCUGGCUGAGGAACAAACUACAUUCAGGCUUGCUUCCUUGACAGUAGCGACAGCAAAAGAUGAGGAUGCUUUCUUGCGUUCAAACACCACUGGAUGGAGCACAGUUCCGAAUGCAGAGAUCUUGAGACGAGACGUGUUCUUUUUACAUUUCAAACUAAGUUAACUUGACCUGAAAUGCUGUUUAUGACGCAAUGCAUCUGAAGUGAGAUGCACCUUCUGAUGCAGGUGUACAUUGACGUGUUCUUAGACAAGUCCUUAAUAAAUCUACCUCGACAGAUUGACAAAUUCAGUUGCAAAAUAGAUUGCUUUGGACUGUCUAUUUAUAUGUGAUUGAUUGUGAUUCAUUAAUCAGUAUAUCAUUUAUUUAAUUCGAUUAAAUAUUUUCAUCGAUUGACAGCCCUAGUUUAAAUAAAUGCUUUUGUUUUUUUUAAAAUGUGUUUUUAUUUUUUUUACUUUUUAAACCUGUAAGACAGUUUUGUACUUAAACAUGGACAUAUCUUUCUUCAGUUUACUGUUGUACGUUAUUUUGGCUGUAAUUGUACCCAUAAUUUGCUCUGAUUCCCUAGUGCCAUGGUCUAAUUUAAUCAGGUUUACCCUAGUUGACAAUUUAAACGUAUAACUACUGUUGAUUCUGCCAGAGAAUAUGAGCCUGACUCAAUGAUCAAUAUCCCUAGUCCCUGAUCACUCAGAUAUAUAUAUAUUUUUUUAUGUACAUUGCUAUUGGUCAUCUCAUAUCUCAUAUACACACUGGUUUAACCUUUUUUGUUGUUGUCCCCUUUUCUUUUAUCACUGGAUACUUGCAUCCUACCUUUUUUUUUCUUCUUUUUUCUAGGAGUGGACAUAAGCAAACAGACAGCUUAAAAGUAGAAAACUUUCAUUUCUGUUGUAGAAACAAAUGACUAAUUUUAUAUUUAGCCUCAUAAUAGAGCUGUGCGUGCGUGCGCUUUCUGGGACUGUACUAAAGGAAAACCAGGCUCUGCAUUUUAUCACUGUAUCGUCAUGUAUGUUCUGUGUUUGAGUUUCUGUCAUUUCUUUACGUUGGAUUAGCUAUAUAUGUUUCACUGUUUGUACAUGUGUUUUUGUAUGCAUGUACACUUACAUGCAUGUACAUGCACUUAAAGGGGAAUCCGCAGAAAACUCUUGUGUAUAACCUUGUGUGUUUUGUUUGUUUAGGUUCACUUUGUGUAUGUGGAUAUUUCAUAGUUGUCUAGAUGUAUCUUUUAGAUUUUUAAUUUAUGUUUGAAACAUUAGGCAGAUUAUUAGAGAUCAUCUAAUCUCAUGUAUAAUAAUUUUUGUCUUUAAGAUAUUAACCCAAAUUCCACUGUAACACAGCUGUCUUUGGAUUACAUUACUCCAGUUCUCCUUCCACCUUCUAUCUUUUGUUUCCACUUCGUUGUUGUUGUUCAUGGUCAUCAAUGAUGAACCAUUAAUCACUCUUGAUUUUGCUUCCAAUCAAAGAAUAUCAGAAGGGAUGGAGUGUUAUAUGAAUGCAGAUCUGAUUACAUGAAGGAAGUAGUGUAAACAUGGUGAAAUGAAACAAUAUUGUAUUUUAUUAUUUUCCUAUGUUUUUAAAAAAUUACAUAGUUCUUAAUGUAAGUGAAUAAGACCAUUGUGCAGGAUGGCUGAAUUCUCUUGCACAUUCUGGAUAUAUCAACUGAAAUUGUUGUAGCAUAAAUAUACCGUGUCAGACAUACGUAACAAUUGAUCUGAAGAUUCAGUUGAACAAUAAAUGUUAAGGAAGCCAA